AAGAAAGAAAGAAAGAAAGAAAGAAAGAAAGAAAGAAAGAAAGAAAGAAAGAAAGAAAGAAAGAAAGAAAGAAAGAAAGAAAAAGAACAAUAGUUUGGUCUAUAUUGGAGGGAAAUCUUCUUGCUUCUUCCUCACUGUCACACUGUGACAAUAUUUGCUGAGUGAAAUCCCAUAAUGUUCAAGCGUGAAACAUUUUGCAUCGGAAUGAGACAUUAAUAGCCCGCAGAUACCCUGCAGCGGUGAUGCGCACCCACCCACCCCACCUCAUACAUGGCCGUCCAUCCAUCUAUCCAAGAAGGACUGACGCUGCUAUUCAUGUGAUAUCGUCGUUUUUAUACCCGAGUGGGACACACGCACACAAAAACACUUAUCCAAAAAUUGGGUACCUGCAGGUCAGAGCGAAGGCCUUCCUCCUGAUGGUGAGAUAGCAGAGGAUAAAAUGUUAUUCUCUCCAUCACCAAUGCAACAGCACGGCGUUGUUCACAGCCGCCUUGCUCCCUGCAUGCGACCCCGGGACUCUCCACAUCUAUCUGCCUCCCAGCUCAUUGUUUGCUCGGCCAAUACAUUAGCGGCGACGCGCGUCACCUUGAUCGACGAGCGUUCGGAAUUUAAAUAGCCCCUCAAACACCAAUCUGUCACCGGCUUAGGGGAUAAGGACAAGUGCCUCACUGGUUGACCUGAAGCCACGUGACAGCAGCCGCUCAUUGAUAUCGGUCAGUGCGCGCCCCCCUCCUCCCAACACUGAUAACGAUAGAGUAUAGGUAAAUGUUGGCACGGUCACUUUGGGUGAGGGUGGAUUUAGAGGGUGUUUGUUGGAGAGGACGGCUCAUCGGCCCCCGGAGAAAAAUGCCACAAUGAACAAUUUCUUAGACUACUCGGUGAUGAACGGAGAAGGUGGUUCAUGCUCCAUCAGGGCUUUCCACUCGGACCACGGGAUUACAACUUUCCAGUCCUGCGGGUCUGCUGUCAACAGCUGCGGGGUGGAUGAGCACUUUAUGGCAAACAGGACCUCGCCUGACAGCAUCCCCCAUCAGCCGGGGUCUUACCAGUCUACUGCAAACACUUUGGGUCUCUCCUACGGUGCCCACACGGCCUGCAGCUCAACUUAUGGGCCACAAGGUUUUUGUGGCACGUACAACCACUACACGCUGAACCAGGAAGUUGACUCUGGAGCUGCGUUCCCUCAAUGCGGUCCACUGAUUUUUUCGGGUAACCUAUCCUCUUCUAUGGUCUCUCAGCAUCGCCACGGUUACAGUGCCACCCCACUGGGCCAGCUGCAGUAUACCCACUCCGCCUAUGGAGGCGGACACGAGCAGGCACCCCCUUACCAUGGGGCUUCAAACCCAAUGUCACCUCUGCAUGCAGCUCAUCUGGAGGCUUGCUGCUCACCUUUGUCAGAGGGCGUCUCCUCUGCUCAGACUUUCGACUGGAUGAAGGUCAAGAGGAAUCCACCAAAAACAGUGAGAUCCGGAGAAUAUGGUUACGGAAGUCAGGCGAACACGGUCCGGACCAACUUUACUACCAAACAGCUCACAGAACUGGAAAAGGAGUUCCACUUCAACAAGUAUCUGACCCGCGCCCGCCGCGUGGAGAUCGCGGCUGCGCUGCAGCUGAAUGAGACUCAGGUCAAAAUCUGGUUUCAGAAUCGGAGGAUGAAGCAGAAAAAACGUGAGAAGGAGGGUCUGCUGCCGGCGAAAGUUCCAACCGCAGAACCAGAAGAGAUCAUCCCAGAGAAAAUGGACGAUGCAGCAUCUGAAAGAUCAAGCUCAUCUUUACGAACUACUCCCUCCCCCUCAUCCUCCACAGUGUCAUCCACUGGCACUGACACCUACACCAACUGAGGACCAACCAUUACCUCCUCAGAUCAUGUUAUCCUUUAUACCAAAGUUAAAAUGUGUUUUUGGAUGAUGUUUGUGUGGAACUUUAUAACAAUUUAAGACAUUUCCGAAUAGUAUGGACUAAAGGUUUUAGAGUUGUUGCAUAUUCUUUAAAGUGUCUCCACAAAGCACCAUUGUCCAAUUAUGCUUAUUUGAUCUGAAAAUGUGGCAUCCGAUUCGUAAAACUAAGCGGAGAGACUUCAACCCAAUACAAUAAACCUUGACCUAGUGCUACUGUAUUCCUAUUUAAAGUGACAAAUCUGCACACGCACAUACCCCGAAAAUGUGCCAAAGUUGUGCGCCAUCGGCCACGGGGGUUGCUGUUAAUGGGGCAUCACGCAAUCAACCAGAUGACCUCGUUUAUUUAUCGUUAGUGAAUAAAUAGUUACAGUAGCUGUUAAAUCGCUGUUACUCCUGUCUUUUAAUUUAUAUGUGCGCUUGUUGACUGUUUGAAUGUACUGUUCAGGAUUUGCAUGGUGCGUAAAACCUUCAUGUGUCACCAGCGAGGCGCUGAGUUUUAUCAGUUGUAGAGCCGGUCCUUCGGGGCUGUGAAAGGUUUUUAUCAGCGAUUCUAAUUAACCAAAUGGGACGAAUGUAAAGUGCUUUCUCCUAAGAUGCGGUUACGGGUCAAUCAUGUGUAUUAAAAAGUGCGUUUUAAGAAUAAAUCUUUUAUUCUUUGUAUUUUUCUUUAUGUGGGGGAGAUCUUGGGAAUGGUGUAGAGAAAACUUUAACCCUAUGACCUAAAGCAAAUAUCGAAUCAAUGUAUUUCUAAAUAAUAACGCAAAAGGAUAGAAGAGAAAUAAUAAAAUAAAAAAAUAAAAAAAUCCAAGUGUCUGCUUAUCCGUCCGCUCAUGUCAAUGUAUGCGGCCGUGCGAGCUCCCGUCCCAGGGGUGAACAGUUAUUGGCAUAAUAAAGGCAUGUUUAUCCGAGAGGUAGGACGUCAGCGUCUUCUGUGAUGGCAACCUUAUCGAGCUACCGGCUUACUGAGAGGACAAAAAAUGUAUUGAUUGAAACAUCGGGGUUAAUGCUAUUGACUGAUGUCACAAAAUCAGUUCAACUUCUUCAGUUCACCAACUUAUACGGAGGAGUCAUCAUGCCCCCCUAAUGACAAUAUAAACUCCAAAAAAAACUUGCAAUUCUACCGACAAAACUUCCUU